AUACGGCUCAAGUUUCUACACGGAAGCAUUGAGGUGGUGCACAUUCACUAGAGUCUGGGGUGUUUUGUUGUUUAUUUUUUGGUUUAUUUUUAAGAAGAAACGUUUAUUGCAAUGUAGUGUUUAUUUAACAGUUAAGGACACGUAGUAGUUUUCGAGUCCAGAACUGGUUCGGUAUUAUAGUUCGUGUUUCUUAAGUCGUGCUGAUAAAGAAAAUGAAUGACUGGAGUCCUCUGGCGAAGGUCUAUGACCCCCUAAAGGCUGGCAGUAUUGACGGCACUGAUGUGGAGCCCCAUGACCGAGCAAUAUGGAGGGCAAUGAAUGCCCAGUACCGGCCCAACAAAGGCGUAACAGGUGACCCUCAGCUUACUCUGUUUGUUGCACGACUGAACAAGCAGACUUCUGAAGAGGACCUCAGGAAUGUAUUCUCUAAAUUUGGAGAUAUCCGCAGACUGCGACUUGUCCGAGACAUUGUCACAGGUUUCUCUAAGGGAUACGCCUUUAUUGAGUACAAGGAGGAACGGUCUCUGAUGAAGGCAUGGCGGGAUGCUAACAAGAUAGUGGUAGACCAGCAUGAACUAUUUGUGGACUUUGAGCUAGAGUGCACUCUGCAGGGCUGGAUCCCCCGGCGCCUUGGAGGGGGUCUUGGAGGGAAGAAGGAGUCUGGGCAGCUGAGGUUCGGAGGCAGGGACAGACCAUUCAGGAGACCCAUUAACCUGACUGGGCCAGUGCCACAGGGCAGACCCGCUGAACGCAGGUGGGAUGGUGGCAGAGGGAGGGAGGACAGGCAAAGGGACAGAGUCGUGUCCCCUGGCCGGGAACGAGACUACGGCCGACGCCGUGAACGGAAAGAUGAAUGGGAACGGGGAGCUAGAGAUCAUCAUAAAGACAGGAGGGACUCCAGGCGAUACAGGGAAAAGAGUAGUGAGAGAGACUCAAACAGAGGAAAGGAGGAAAGAAGGUACUCAUACAGGGAUUCUGAAAGAAGAUAGCUUGGCCAAUAUUGACAUGGGGGUUUUUCUACAAAGCAGGAUUUCACACUAAAAUGGAGUAACUUUAAGCCCAAAGGUAAUAGCCCAAUAUAAAUAUAAUUUACCUCUAUGUAUCUCCCUAUUCAGCCCAGGGCAGUUUAGCCCCGCCCAUUCACAUUAAUGUUAUAAGGAGUGUUCCAGCCUGGAUUGCUUUUUAAAUGAGCCACAAUACAGAUCGGCCAGUCAUAAGAGAGACGUGUCUCCAAGGUGACGAAACUAGCCUGAUCAAUUUUGAGGGAUGAAGGGAGGCUAUAACAGGGUCAUGUUAAAAAUUAAUCAGGUCUGUUUUUGGUACAGAAAACCACACAAAUGUCUUAAGUGGAUCUCUAGGGAAAAAGUUUAAUAAAGCGCUCUUGAUCAUUUUGGAUAUGAACAUACUUCAUUCACCUUUGGUGUGAAAAGGUUUAAAUACAAUGUCAGACCACCCUUCAUUUACUUAAUUUGAUGUCAAAAUGUCAAUUUAGCACACGUUAAUAAUUUUUCAGCAUCAGGAAAAAAGCAGAAGACAUUUAAUAAAAAAUUACAAACAUCUACGAUUACUUUUUUGCAUUUACUGUAUCCUUCCUUUGCCUGUAUUACACUUUCCUUCUUUUUGGUCACCUGCUUUGUUAAAAAAAAUAAAAAAUAAAAAAUCACACCUUGAAAGCUCAA